ACAUGCACAAAAUGUCUUUUUGGCGAGUGUGUCUCUCUAGCUGAAGGAGGGUCCCCUAGACGUCUCCAAAAGGACCCCCCUCCCCCUCCCCUCUUGCCGUUCGGAUCAUGUUCAGGCACUUGGAGGGGAGCUGCGUUCCUGCAUUACGCAACCUGGCUAUUUUUUUUAUUUAGGAUCGGAGGAGAGGUCUUAAAGGAAAAUAGAAACAAAAAAAUAGAUAGAUAUUUUACGAGAAACCCGUUUAUAUCGAUGUUUGAUCAGGCCAUUAUCACGGGCGAUGGAAUCGGCGAGGACAGAAGCCACAACUGUGGAUCCAGCGCCCUUUGUCCUGAGAGAGCGAGGGAGAAUAGAAGACGUACCGAAACGGAGAGCCGGUCGCCCGGGCACGGACACCCCGACACCUCGGGGACCUCUGCUUCGACCCCGACCUCUUCCAAAGAGGAAGGACAGGACAAACGUUCAGGACCGGACCCCGACUACUGCAGGAGGAUUUUAGUGAGAGACGUCAAAGGGACGAUUCGGGAAAUAGUUCUCCCAAAGUGUUUGGACCUGGACCGGCCGAAGCGCAUCCGGACGUCGUUCUCUGCGGAGCAGCUGUACAGUCUGGAGCGGGAGUUCCAGCGCUGUCAGUACGUGGUGGGCCGGGAGAGGACGGAGCUGGCACGGGAGCUCAACCUGUCUGAGACGCAGCACCGAUCCCACCAGCCCCCUGGAGUCAGACUGGGCAGGCUCCUCGCGGAGAGAGCCCAGGGCAGUGUGGCUUCAUGGAGUCCCUGUCCUCUUGCAGGGGACACACACCCACGUCCAGGUCCACAUGAUCUGGGGCCCAACCUGCCCUGGAGGUGCUGAAGAAGCAUGCAUGCCUUGGAGCAGCGUUUCUCCAGCCUUCGACAGAGCCAGCAUUUCUCCAAACCUCGACACAGAGCCAGCGUUUCUCCAGCCUUCGACAGAGCCAGCGUUUCUUCAGCCCUCGACACAGAGCCCACCUAUCAUUACACAAGGGCUCUCCCCAUGCGUGAAGUAACACAUAACUUACUAUGUAUACUACAGUUGGUGUGUUUUUUUUUUUGGUUUUUUUUAGAGCUUAUUUUGAUUAUUGUUAAAAGAAAUGAAUGUUCAUAU